AUGGCCGAUGAGCUCGGUUUGUCUUCGGCUUUUAUCCCUUCCUUGUAUAAGCCGGCCUCUCUUCUGCCAAUUGCGCGGUAUAGAGACAACUUACUGUAUCUCAUCGAGACUUUUCCUGUCACGAUAGUUGUUGGCCAGACAGGAAGCGGUAAGACCACGCAGUUGCCCCAAUACCUAGACCAGGCAGGAUGGACUGCCGAUGGGAAAAUCAUCGGGGUUACUCAGCCUCGCCGAGUGGCAGCCACGACUGUUGCUCAUAGAGUGGCCGAGGAGAUGCGUUGCAAACUAGGGGAAGAAGUAGGCUACUCUAUUAGAUUUGAGGAUGUCACAUCUGCUGCCACGCGCGUCAAGUUCCUUACAGAUGGGCUGCUGCUUCGAGAAGCUCUUGUUGACCCGUUGCUCUCCCGUUACUCAGUGAUUAUGGUUGACGAAGCUCACGAGCGCUCGAUCAGUACGGACAUUCUGCUUGGAAUCCUGAAGAAGAUUAUGAAAAGACGCCCUGAAUUACGAAUUAUCAUCAGCAGUGCAACUCUGCAGGCCGAGCAGUUCUUGCAGUUCUUCUCCGGUGACGAUAAGGUGUCAGCUGAAGAGCAAGGUACUGAGCCCGGGGGAGACGUCGGCCGCAUUAUCAGUCUCGAAGGCCGAAUGUAUCCUGUCGACAUUCUUUUCCUGGAUAGCCCUGCAGAGAAUUAUGUUGAAAGGGCCAUAAAGACAGUCUUUGAUAUUCAUUCUCAAGAGGAUGACGGUGACAUACUGGUUUUCCUAACUGGGCGCGAAGAAAUAGAACAAGCAGUCCAAAUGAUCUCGGAGCGGGCUGCAAUGCUUCAUCCAAAGGCAAAGUCUCUUCUUCCCCUGCCACUUUUUUCUGGCUUGACUACCGAACAGCAGAUGUAUAUCUUUGAGCCUACACCGGAAAAUACUCGGAAAGCUAUAGUGUCGACAAAUAUCGCAGAGGCCUCAGUUACGAUAGACGGCAUCGUUUAUGUGAUUGACUGUGGCUUCGUUAAACUUCGCGCCUAUAAUCCUAAGACUGGCAUCGAGACCUUGACCGCGACACCGAUAUCCAAAGCUUCAGCUACACAGCGCGCGGGAAGAGCGGGUAGAACAAAACCCGGGAAAUGCUUUCGGCUAUACACCCAACAAUCUUACGAGACGUUGCCUGAGAUGGGUAUACCAGAGAUUCAACGCUCGAAUCUCGCACCGGUUGUCAUGCAGCUGAAAGCUCUAGGCAUCGAUAAUGUCGUCCGUUUUGACUUCCUUUCAGCCCCGCCGUCCGAGCUGAUGACUCGUGCGCUAGAGCUUUUAUACUCUCUCGGAGCUGUGGAUGACUAUGCAAAGCUCACGAAACCCAUGGGAUUUCGUAUGGCUGAACUCGGGGUUGAGCCGAUGUUGGCCAAAGUCCUGCUUAGCGCUCCCAGCUUUCAGUGUCUCAGCGAAAUACUCUCUAUUGCAGCUAUGUUGAGCUUGCAGGGCUCUUUAUGGGUUCAGCAUGACGGCGGUAAAGACGAAGCAGAGAGCGCGCGUAGGAAGUUUGCAGUUGAAGAGGGCGAUCACAUGACAUAUCUGAAUGUAUACCAGGCGUUCAUCACGAAGGGCAGAAAGGACUCCAAGUGGUGCAGGGACAACCUCUUGAAUUACAAGUCGUUGACUCGCGCCGUAAGUAUCCGUGCUCAACUGAAGCGGUAUCUCGAGCGCUUUGGAUUGGAGGUCGACACGAAGCCACCAACUAGUUCUACCUCCGCAGAUACUCAUAAGCCAGAGCAAAUACGUCGGUGUCUUACAACGGGGUACUUUGCGCAUGCCGCCAAGAUGCAACCUGAUGGUAGCUUCAAGACUGUGAGCGGUGGUCUCACUUUACAUGCUCAUCCGAGCUCAUUAAUGUUUAAUCGCAAAGCUGAUUGGGUUAUUUUUCAUGAAAUUUUGGAGACUGGCGAGAAGACCUUCAUUCGCGAUGUAACGAAGAUCGAGAAGAGCUGGCUCGUUCAGUAUGCCCCGGAAUACUAUCGGAUGAGCUAG